AUGGACAUCCUGAAGUGGUUGGAGGAGACAGAGCAGCACCAAGUCCCUCAGGAUGCUUGCAAGCACAAGCGUUUGCCAGGGCGAGCAAAGUCAGACAGCUCCUUACUCGAGCCUCUCCCUUUGCAGGAUUCCCCUGUCCAGCAAAGGGCGACGAAACAAACUGCCAGUCAUGUUCUCGUUGCUUCGUCCAGUACCCCCUCCACAAGCAAUCGGUAUGCUCGCAAACCCAGGCGGAAGACACGUCCCGACCGCUACGAGCCAAACAAGUCCGGACACGCAGGACCUAAAAACUCCUCGAAAAAAGCGCGGCACAAGUCCAGACGGAAGAAGGCUGAGAAGUCUGGCCAAGUAGCGCGAAACUUCAAAGCCAAGAAUGUACCAGGGGAUCGGCUUACUUUGAAGCCUUCAGAGCUGGGCUUGUUUAACAAAGGUCGGACGUCGGUUGCAGUUCGAGGCCGUGGCUUGCCAGAUCUUGUUUUUUCCGAAAUGAAGUUUUUGCAGAAACACAACGAAUUCAAGCCCCCGCCCCAACCAGAUGUUCCCAGGAAGAAGCGCAAGAUAGAUCACACACACACUAAAGACGAAGAGAUUUCUACUUUCUUCACCACAGGGCGGCAUACGCUGGCACAAAAACUUCAAGACAAAACCGCUAGCCAUAGCAGCGUACGUGAGAAAAAGCGGCGUCAUCACAGUCAUAGCUCAACGACUGAUGUGGCGAUACCCACCGCCGAGCCUGCUGAUCGAGUGUCUCUUCCACAUCUUGACAGUCAGUAUCCUCGACACGAGAGUGCCAGUUAUGUGUCGUGGUCUGAAUCCAUUCGAGCACUGAGCACCACGUCAGCACACCACCAAGCCGAUGAUGACGCGCCUCAUGGCUGGCAUGACUCGGAUCGCUAUGGACAUUGCAAGUCUAAGAGGAAGAGACCAGAGAGAGCAUUCAAACAGCCAGAGCUUCCUUCAGUCGCCAAACAGACUACAGACGAUACGGUAGGAUGUUUCAGAGUAUCCUCCCUCGCUCCAUCUCACAGUAGAGUGUUCAGAUCGCAGUCCUGUCCUCAACAAGCGUCGUCUCCAAAGCGAGUGAACCUCGUGGAUCGCUCUGCGAAGCUUCAAAGCACUGCCACAGCUUACUCCUCAUCAUCAAUGCCACCUGUCGUGCCCCCCUAUCCGAGUAUAGACGCGGGUUCAGGGUUGGCGGCAAACAGCUCGAAUAGUCCGAGGUUUGGAAAGGCGUCAGAUCUAAGAAAGGAAACACGUCCCGCCAGCCAGCAUCGGAUUCUAGAUGACGGCUACAACAACUGUGGUGAAGACCAAGAGACCUCCUCAGACCUGGAAAAGGUUCUUGAAGUCUGCAAAGAUACCCUCUACAACCAAUAUCGGGCAGCUCCGUCACCAAGAAGUGGUGCCAACAGACCAGAACAAUUGCUCCCGAUGCAAUCAGCAGACCGACCACACAGGACAAGUUCGCGUAUGCCGACGCAGCGCAUUCCUACUGUACGGUUUGCUGAGCUACCUAUUCAACAUCAUGUACAGUCGACGUUUGCUGGUCCUGGUAUCUAUGAACAACAGGAACAGCACCAAUAUUCAUCAUUGGGGGUUUCGAGCAAUGAAGCCCUUGGCGACGAUCCAUGGGCUCUCGAGCAAGAUUACAUGGACGAUGACAUGGCAAUGUGUUACGAUGAUGUUGAUUGGGAUGAUACACUAGAGGAAAGCAUGUUGUAUGAGUUCGGGGAUAACAACGAAAUGUGUGUGGCUGAGGGGACCUUUGCAGUAGACCACAUCAGUGAGAAGGAUUCUUGGCCUAGCAGCCAUGAUGUGGUCCCUGGGUUCUGGCGGCCAAAUAAGUUGUAUUGA